CAAACGGGAUCUGAUGCCCGCGAUCCAAUGGCCGUUCGGAAUGUGCCACUCGAUUGGAUCAGACUCUCGCGCUGUGCGACGAGGCUUUCGAACGUGUCUGCCGAGCAGCUCUAAACAGAGAAACUUUACAGGACUCGGAUAUUUUCGAAGGCCGGUUUUUAAAACUGCAAUAUUAUCUUCAUUUCCGCAUCCCGUUCUAAUGGUAAAUACUAGUUUUCUCGAAGAUCGAGAGAUUACUGUAAAAAAAAACGUGUAUACGUUCCGCACGAGUUUUCUACGUUGCUAACAGUUUGUAUUUUGCGGUGACGCCAAAGUGCUCUAGAGCGAGCGAGAAAAUUUUCUCUUCUUGAAACCAACUAAUAUUUUACGACGUACAUUGUCCGAUAGGAGGGAUUGUACAUUUCGAUUCUUUUAAUCUAACCUAUACAAUUUCCUUCCUGUCGUACGCUCUCGUCGCUCGACUCGUCGAAAAUGAGUUCUCACGGAAAAGCAGAGACCGACAGGCUCAGAAAGAAUUUGGAGGAACAGUUGGAUCGACUUGUGCAGCAGUUGGAAGAUCUGGAAGACUGCAGGGUUACUCUAGAUGAGACGGAUUAUCAGGAAUGUAAGGAGGACACUAUGGAGCAACUCCGUGAAUUUAACGAGAGCCUGCAAAGAAUGAUAUCUGGAAAUAUGACUCUAGUCGAUGAACUUGGAGCGAUGCAACUGGCAACCCAAGCAGCUAUCAGCGCAGCCUUCCAGACCCCAGCUGUGAUAAGAAUGUUUGGUAAGCGAGAACCUGCUGGACUCAAGGAACGCCUCUCGCAAAUAGACCGAGACGUUAAACUAGGCAAAUUGAACAAAGAAGCCGCGGAUCGCCAACGGGGAGAGAUAUUGAGCGCUUUGAGGCAACUUGGAGAAAAGUUGGAACCGUCCGAAUUACAGUUGCUGGAACGAUUAUCUUUAAAUGCUAUAGAUACCACUGGAUAUGUGCAAGUUACCGAAACGGCAGGAAAAGGUAAAAUGGCCCUAGAUGUAGUCGGCAGGGAAGUCAAAGCUACACAAGAGACUUGAACAUGAUCAUUAGUAAUCGUUGCAACGAUAUCUUUUAUUCGUCACUACGUUUCUUCAACUUUAGUCAAGGAUCUUUCCUAUUGAACGGCUUAUAUUCAUACAAUGUGCCCUUAUACUACGUUUUUUUAAGUUUUCACAACUCGAAAUUUUAACUUAAGUUCAAUUUGCCAUUAGCAAGCUAAAUCGUUGCUGCAAAUAAAAAUGUGACUGUGCAAUUAAAUUGUUUCCUAUGGAGUUUUGCUGUAAUGUAGCAGCAAUGCCAUAAUAAUAUGAGUGUUUGAUAGAUAAGUCUCUAUUAUAGGAAUUUUAGGUACAAAUAUAAAUAAGUAAUCAAAAAUAUAAAUAAUAAGAAAUGUAUCGUACAUAACUUUUAUGCAAUUACUUUCAGUAUAUAAACGUGAAUAAUUUUAUUUUAUUAAAAUAUUUACCGCAUACAGUGCAACAGCUAUAUCAAAUGAGAUUUUGUAGUGUGCGUUAGAUACAACAUAUACAUAUAUAUAAAGGCAUCUUGUAUAUUGUUCAGAAGAUUGUUACAUAAAUCAUGAAAUAAAUAUAUUGAUGUUUCUGUGC